AGGGCGGGUCUAAGGGUAGCGCACGGCUAACUCACUCUUGUAAAGUAAAAGCUAAAGUAAACGGUUAAAACGAUAUACCGUUAGAAAGCAGAAACAUUAGCAUUGAAGUCGUGUUUGUAUCCACCUAAGGAAUGUAACGUUGUAGUGGCCUUUAGAGGCUUUUCCCCCCUCUGAAAACAGGUGCCUGCUCCGGCUGAAAACGAGGUUCAUAAGCGGUUAAAGUGAACCAAAAAAGUAGUGGUUCUAAAACUAAAACAAUGAACAGGAAGAUGCUAACAUCUCCGUAGAGCUGAACAGAACUGCAGCUAGUUUCACCCAGUAUGGCCGAGCUGCUGCCUCUUCACCCUGGACUGGGACACCUGGUCAUCGGCCCGCGGCCCCACACCGCUCUGGGCACUGCCACACACUCCUCCACAAAGAGACAGACAGGCGGCGGACACAGGCAGACAUGGGUCCACAGAGACCGAGGUAUAUUUCAUCCUCAUCUGACCCCCUCAGUCCAUCCAGGGGGGCAGCUCACCCUGGAGCAGGUGGAGCCUCUGAUCUACAGCAGAUUGGCGAACAUCGGGUCGGCCUUCGUGGCUGUGGACCCUGAUGGUACGGGGCUGGCGAGCAGAGAGGAGUUCGGACGAACCCUGAUGAGCCUGCUGUCUCUCAGCCAGAACCAGCUCGACACUGUCCUCAACGAGGUGUGUGAGAGGGGCGGUGAAACGGUGGACUACACGCAGUUUCUGAGGCGGUUCAGUCGAGCUCCCGCGGCCCACAGAGCCUGCAGCAGCCGCAGCCGCAGCCGCAGCAGCAGCAGCGUGGGGCGCAGUCCACAGAACACCUCCAUGUCCCUGGCUGAGAUACAGAAGCAUCUCAAAGACAAGAUCGGAGGCAACCUGAGGACCGUGAUCAGAGUGUUCCGCCUGUUUGACUACAACAGAGAAGGACACAUCCAGCGGCACGAGUUCCGCCGCAUCCUGGACAACUAUUGCAUCCACCUGACAGACAAGGAGUUUCAGAGGCUGUGGAAUCACUACAGUCCCAAUAACAGCUCCGCCAUUUCCUACGAACUGUUCCUGGACAAGCUAGGCUUUGACGACAGCCAUAACUUCAAGAUUGCUCCAGUCUGCACUAAGCUAGAAAUGUGCAGCCGAGGCACACCACCAGCUGAGAAAGUUAAACAGCGGAAACAGAGGGCAGAGUCUCUUUCCAGUCUACACGAUGCUCCAUCAGCCCUGCGCCACAGGGAGCUGCAGAUUCUCUUCUACGACAAGAUGUGCAUGAACUCUACCCCGGUGUGGCAAGCGCUGCAGGCCUUUGACACCACCAACUCUGGCCUGGUCAAACAGGAAGUCCUCAGGGCCAUUCUCAGCAGCUUUAUAUUUCCCAUGAACCCUCACUCCUUCCAGAAGCUGACCAACCAUUACGGUGUGAGAGCAACAGGGCCAGUGAGGUGGAAACACUUCUUGGGCCACUUCAUGAGCCCGGUCAGAGACGAGGGCGACACAAAUCUUCACACCGACAGGGUUUUGGAGCAGCCUGUCCUAGAAGAAGACAACUUGGAUGUCCAGGACAUUCACCCUCGACUGAAAGAGAUUCCCCACCUGCUGGACACGAAGGAGGCAGGUUGGAUCAACAGAGCAGACCUGCGACAUUUGCUGGAGAGACCAGGUGGGACCCAGCCCCGGCCCCAGACCCACUCACAGAUCACAGAGCUGCUCAAUGCACUGGACCCAGAACACACCGGGGUCAUCCAGCUGGCCAGCCUGGAGAGGCUCAACCCCAGCAUCACCUCUGCUCCACCACCACCACCCUCCCCUGCAAACACUGCUGAGAUCCUGGGUGUCCCUGAGGAAACUGAAGACACUGCUGUGGAGAGUUCACCGCUGGACAAGCUGUGUGAGCAGCUCAGUUCCGUGCUGGCAGCUCUGAAGCUGUGUGACCCUCAGCACACUGGAUACGUCACCCAGGAAGAACUGAAGAAGGUCUUCAGCUGCUAUAGCAUGCCCAUCUCAGACACACACUUCGACAAGCUCUGUGAGACCUCAAGCUCUAGACCUGGCAGUUCAUCCAAGUUGGUUUAUUACCCUGGCUUUCUCCGAAACCUGGGAGUACCACUAUCAGAUGAAACGCACACAUCCUGGUCCCACGAGAAGAGUUACCAUGAGAGGCUAUGCACAUCGCCUCAGUCGCCCCUGCAGUCAGUCAUCGGACAGCGGCCUCCCUCCAGCCCUGAAGUCAGUUCGGACACCUGCAACAUCCUGGAAAUUGUUUUCCAGAGGAUGAGAGUAAGGUUAGAGCAACGCCAUAGCAGCCUGACUGACCGCAUCCAGGCCAUCACCCACAGCUCUGAUGGGACGCUGUCAGAGACAGAUGUACGGAAGAUACUAGAGGACAGCUGGGUCAUCUUGGACGAUAAGAAUUUCCACAAGUUGACUGAACAGCUGGGCUUCAGGGAUGGACGGAUCGAGCGCUCGUUGUUCCUGGUGAAGUACGAGGAGGCCACAGCCAGCGACGGGCAGCAGCGCUCUGGGGGUCAUGGUGGUAAAGAUGAGGUCGCCCCCUUGCUUACUUCAGCUGAGCAGUGCCUGGCUGUCAUGAAGACCAGCAUCAAGAUCAUCCAUGGGGACAACCUGACAGCGUUCCGACUGAUGGACAGGAAACGUAAAGGCGUGGUCGACUGCAGUGACUUCAAAGGGCUGUACAGCAGCUUGGGAUUUUUCUGCAGGGAGGCAGAGUACCAGCGGCUGCUUGAUCUGAUGGGCCUGCAUCCCGGGGGCAACCUCAACUACGCCGAAUUUGUCCACGUUGUUGAAAACAAUGGCAAACGCAAACAAGGGACACAAACAGCACGUGUACAAGAGCAGCUCCAUGAACUCCUGGUGUCUGACGCUCGCUACAAGUGGGCAGACAUGUCUAAGGUGCUGUGCCAGUUUGACAAAGACGGCCAGGGUUGGAUCCAUAAAAAGAGCUUGAGGGGACUCCUCUUCACCUAUGCUCUCCCCAUGAAUUCCGAAGAGUUCGACCAGCUCUGGUCGAGGUAUGACCCAGAGUGCCGGGGCUGCGUGGCAGUUUGUGACUUCCUGGAAAAGCUGGGGUUUCAUCACGAAGGGGAUCUCGGGCCUCAGAGCCAGAAGCUCAACCAAGCUGUUGCCCGGCAGAACGCUGACAGACCAGUGUCUUCUGACGCUGCAUCGCUCGAGUGCAUUGAACAGAUUGUGCAGGAGAACUACAAGGGGUUGAGCGACUCCCUGACUCACCUGGCAACGAGUAGAGAUGGCACAGUGACAGUGGAGGAGCUGCUGAGCCUGUUACAAACCUACAGCUGCUCUGUCCGGAGAGAGCAGCUUGUAAAUCACCUGCACAGGCUUGAGGUUCCCAUGGAUGAUAACGGUGAGAGGCUAUCUUACAUGGACUUCCUGUCUGAGUUUGACCCUAAAGCAGAGAAGAGGUGUGAGCGUCCUCCUGCUUCUCCUGAUGCUGUGGGCCAGAUAAAGUCGUUGGACAGCCUCAGUCCAGGUCUGGCUCUGGCCAGGAUGCGAGAACUAGUAACUGCGUCAGCACCUCAUCUGUAUAAGGCAUUCUUGGCCUUUGACCAGAGUGGGACAGGGACAGUCAAAGCGCUGGAAUUUCGCCAGGUGCUGGAGAACUUUUGUGCCCGUCUGUCAGACAAACAGUACAGAUACAUGCUGACCAAACUGCAGCUGGACCGUGAGAACUGCACUGUUAACUGGAAGGAUUUCCUCAACACGUUUCAUUCACAGAGCCCACUGACGUCAGAGAGGUGCCUGAGUAAGAGCCAGGAAGUCGUCUCCGGUGACUUGUAUGAAAUCACCAAAGAGCUCGUGGAUCUGGACCCGUCCAACAGCACUACAAUCUCUAAAGGGCAGUUCAGACAGCUUUGUGAACACCACUGCCCGAGACUCACAAAGGAUCAGUUUGAGUGUGUGUGGAGUCAGAUGCCCGUAAAUGAGCAGAAGAAGCUGCAGUACAGAGAGUUUCUGAAGCGUUUUGGUGCGCUGAGCAGGACAGAAGCAGGGGGUCCCACCAACAAUGUCCCAUCGCCUUCCUCUGAGCCCAGACAAACAGCCUCAGCAACAGCAUUUUGCCCAGAGACUGUAGGUGCCAUUCUGCAACGCACUAAGUCUGCCCCCCAGUGCACCUCCAGGCGUUCUGCCUCAGUGGGGAGGCCGGGAACAGGAAGCCCGCUGGGCAGCACGGAGAGGAAUCUGCGUGGGGCUGUGCAGCGCUGCUGGAAAGAUAUCCAGAGGAACUGUACCGAGGAAGAUCCUCUGCGAGAGGGACACAUCAGCACCACCUCCUUCCUGGAGAUCCUCCAAUCUCUCGGCAUCAGUAUGACUCAGGAGCAGCUGGAGCGUCUGGCUGAGAAGUUUGACAUCACCAAUAAUGGUUCCGUUUCAUAUCACGACUUCCUUCGUCACUUCCUCUUGAACCUAAAACCAGCAGAGACCAAGACGGCAUAUGAGCGACGCAGACUCCCUCUUCCUAUUACACCGGCGAGCCAGGGUGUCCUGAGCAAAGAUUGCGUGGAGGUCAUGCUGAGGAUGCACGAUGUGGUUCACUCCUCCUGGGCCUCCAUCAGACGCUGCUUCCUGACGUGUGACCGCAGCCGCACGGGAAGUGUCUCGGUGCAGGACUUUAGGCAGGUGCUGUGCCGCUUCAGCGUCAGACUGUCAGAGGAGGAGUUCUUCCACCUCAGCUCUUAUUUUGAUGCCAACACCGCAGGAAGGAUCCGCUACAACAACUUCCUGUGGGCCUUUCUUCGCUGACCUCCAUUCAGAUGCCUAGUGCUGCUGAGGCCCCAGACGCUCAGGGGACCCCAGAACAAGAAAAUAAAGGCGGGGAGAGACAUAAGGAAGGGAAGUAAGGAAGCAUGAUCCACCGGUCACAGAUAAGGUUUUAUUCAAUCAGUGAAUAAUCUCUCAGAACCAGCAAAAUCCUUCUGGUUUUAAGAAAGAGAGGUACUUUACAUUUUUAGAGUUGUCUCCAGGAGCAACCCAGUAACAUGUUGCCACUGUUGGGUCUUCGUUUACUUGUUUUACAGUUUAAAAAUAAAAAAGCCCCCAACAACGACGGCAAAAUACAAUACCAUAUGAACACUUUCAUUCCAAAAUGCUAUACAUCCAUUUAAAAAAAAAGAAAAGGAAAAGACCUGAAGUUCAUAACCAUCUAGUCUUGUUGAAAUAUAGAGGGUCCAGUCAGUAAAAAUGUUACCAAGGACGCACGCUACUAAUGAUGCUUUUAAAAAAAGUACCACCGCAAUCUGCUUUCAAGUCUCAGCUGUCAAUCAUUCAGCCUGUGUAGGCGUCCCUAUAUUUAUUUUCUUUCCCCAAACAGAAGAUAUCUCAUUUUGGAACAAAACUCUUCAUAUGCAGAUUGUCUGAGUAGCAGAAGUCAUUAACUCCUUUUAAGCAUGCCUCAAGAAAGAAAUCAAGAAAUAGUACAGCACUUUUUUUUCUCUUUUUUUUUUUUCUUGGAAAAACAGGAAACACAUAACACAGCUACUGAAGCAGAAGAGCAUCAAAGUGAGACGUCUAAAUGAGGACUGGAAGUGGAGAGUCGGACCAAACAGACAGCUUUUUUAUGAAACUGAGAGAUGAAAGAUCCUCCAAUCUUUUGGUUUUCAAUAGUUCCCUUUAUUCCUUUCUUGGAACAUUUUCCUUCAUAGACAUUAAUUAAUUAACUUUGUGUUUUAAAUGAUGAGGCUGAGCGCUCCCUCUCCUUUUAAGGCCCUGACACACCGACCCCGACGGCAGGAGGAAAGCCAGUCGGACUGAUCAGUCUCCCCUGAGUUGGUCCAAAAAGGGCCUCGGAAAACACCGAAGCAACGCCGAUUUGAGCGUAUGUUCUGCGCGUGGGACGAGACGUAAUACGUCAUCAUAACAGCAGGCGUCGCUGAUCUGUAUUGUCGGCUAAAAAAUUUAAACCGGCAGCUGAUUGGACGAACACGUCACGUGGGUCUGGCUGCUACCGGAUUUUACAACCGAGCGUAAUGGCGGCUCGUUCAGAAUACAAUCUCAUAUUUUACGAAGAUAGUUCACUGAAACGUGUUUCCGAAAACCUUUAAAGCGAUUCAGAUUCAGCAGUUGCUGAAUCUGUCUUCAUUUCAGAUCAACAAAGGUCAGUUUGAAAGAUUUUCGUCAGAUUUUAAGAGGCUGUUCGUCACGCUAACAUAAGUGCACUGAUUCGCUAGUCAAGGGCUAGCACUCCACCAGUCAAGUCGGCCAAAAUGAAGGCCGACGGCCGCUCUGACUGACGACAGAACGCAACACACCGACUGUCCAGACUGUCCGACGGACGAUAAUCGGGUUGGUGUGUCAGGACCUUUAAACUCUCCUACUAUUCCUAUUAAAUACACCCACCCACACAGACACACACGCCCUAUGUUGUGCUUGCACACUGUCCUCUGGAUACAUUCAAACUAUCACUGCUAACCCUGAUCUAAAGUCUGCCCACUUCAUGCCUAAAAUCCUCGGUUGUAAUGAUAUAUUGUGCCAGAGUUCAACAAAUAACCGCUACAAAACCAAUAAGUUGGACUUGCUACUAACAAAAUGGCGCAACUUUUUAGUUUUUUUAAUGAACAAUUAAAGGUACAGUAAGCGAUGCAGCGCAAAGAUUGUUAUUUGAACUCAUGACAUUAUAGUUUUAUUUCCUGAUUCAAACCAAUAUUUUUUUGAAUGAUUCAAUAUCGAUUUAUAAAAUCCAGAAUCGAUCUCUGUCUGUAUCAUAUCAAACUAGAAGACCUAAGAUAAAACUAAAAUAAAACUCCAAAGAUAGGCUACAUUUUGGCGAGGGAAGAACUGGCAUGGCCAUUUUAAAAGGGGGUCCCUUGGACUCUAAACUCAAGAUAUCUGAAUGAUAUGUCACUCAGUGAAGCUGCACUUUAUUGUGUUGACUGCUGUAGUGUGUUCGUGUUUAAUAAAAAGUACGUUAUCGUAA